CAUAUGUAUUGCCGAUGGACGUAUCCUGGUUACACGCGUUCGGCACAAAGUCUCUUUUUCCGACGAGGUAUAUAAAGCGGCAUUGGACAGGGUGCAGGGCAUAUUAUCCGAGCACCUUGGCGAGUACUGAUCAUCGGUAGCGUUAAAAAGGAGCUAAGCGAUUUCGUUCAAGAUGAAGGUUCUCAUCGUUCUUUCCGCCGUUUUGGCUUGCGCCCUCGCUAGUUCGUCACUGAUUUACGCCAAGCUGAUACCCGGGGCACCGAUCGGCCUAGAUGGCCGGGUAGUGGACACCGCGGAAGUAUCGUUGGCCAAGGCCGAGCACGCAGCCGCUCACAUCAACGAGAGAAUCAAUCUGGCUCAGGAAGCCGCCAAAUCGGCCGACGUGCUCGCUUACGUCGCGCCGGCGAACGUGGCCGUGAUCGGCAGAGCCCAGGUGGUGGAACCGGUCGCGGUGGCGACGAAACCGGUGGCCGGGGCGCCGAUCGGACUCGACGGGCGUGUCGUGGACACGCCGGAAGUGGCCCUCGCCAAGGCGGAACACGCAGCGGCGCACAUCAACGCGAAACUCGGCCACGAGACCGCGAGAUCGGUCGCUCACGAACAACCACUCGUAAUCCUGCACAGUGCGCCGCUCGCUCAUCUCUAUAUUAAUUAAAUUAAUCUCCUUAUAAUAAUGCACAAUAACCUUGGAAUGCAAAUAAAGUUGGGCAAUCUUGGCAUGGCAUAAUUGAUCUUUUUAUUUCAAU